AUGAAAAACUCAUGCAAACGUCCGGGAUGCCGUUUUGCUGUCACAACUGGCAUGCAGUGUGACAACUGCAAAGGUUGGUUUCACGAAGCAUGCACAAAUCUGACAGCAACUGCUUACAACAAACUCAGCAAGUCAGACCAAAAGUGGGUAUGUGUCACGUGCAACACGGACGCAGUAGUCUUGCUGAGUAACAUCAUUGUCCUACUGACAGGUCUUCGAAACAAGCUGUCAGUUAACUUGGAAUACGACAGUAAAAAAACCGAUAUACAAACAAGAGCGCGCAACGGACUCAAAAAUAGGGAUGUCGAUAGGUAUGUCAUCGAUGGAGCAUCCAUCAACACUAACGACGACGUGUCGAGGCUCAGUACCAUCAUUACGUCGACGGUACUAGACUCCCUAGGCAAACUCGGGUCUCCCAGCUCAGGGUCGCUGAACACAACAGUGGUUCCCAAAAACCCUGCAGGCGAUUCGACCCACGUUAAGAGAGCCCAAAAGAACCAGGCAUCACCGCCUAAGCCGAGCAACCCAAGUGUUGCUGCACGGAAAAUAACUGGUGAUUUAGUCGCACAGUCUACCCCCAAGACUGUUCGUCCGGUCAAUAAAGAGCCCAAGAUUCAUAAACGCACACUGACCUCCAAAAAACAAGUUAUUAAACCUGAACCCAUCGUGAAACCUGGUAAAUUAACAACAGUUCGUGACGAUUCUCUCAUUAUCAUGAACCUCGUCGACAAUCCUGACCUUCCUCUCAGUCUGCAGGAUAAAAACGACAGGAUGCUGUGGGGUGAAUUGAACAAAAAGCUCGAACUUCCUAGAAUAGAGCCUUUGACGGUCACCCGGCUCACUCGAGGAAAGGAUUCUAAGCAUCUAAAUCACCCGAGGCUUCUCCGAGUAACACUUAAGAAUGCUACCGACGUAGAGGACGUCUUGCUAGCAAGUCACUUACUGAAAUCAGAUGGUAACGUAAGAAUAUUGCCCGACAUACCGUACUCUGAGCGCAAUAUCAUACGAAACGUCCCUAAAGAAUCUCGCGAGAAGUUCUUCCGCGGAAGAAACAUAAUUGUCCAAGGUAUACCGGAAAAUGCAGACCCUACUCAAUCAAAUUCUGACAUCAGGGAAUGGAAAUUCAUCAAACAGUCCUUGAGGCUCAAACACAUACUGACUCAGCAUGUGACGAGACUAGCCAAGAAGGACGGUGAUCCUAGACCUCGUCUGAUGAAGAUAACCUUCCCAUCUUCUCACAUGGCGGCUGCAGUUCUGGAAGCAUUUCGUGCCAACAGACGUCGAUUGCCACCUGGAAUCCACAUGCACCCGGAUAGGCCAUACGAAGUCAGGACCAAGAACAAAGGCAAGCUGGAGCUGACCAUUCCACUUGUGGACUGUCUAAACGAUAAAAAAAACGUGUAA